AUGACAAGUGUAGUAGCUUCUUCAAAAUUACAAUUGGAGUUUGGUGGACACCACGAAAGAAUUACAGACAUAAAGAUAAGAGAGGAGGACGGAAAGCCAAUCCUGUACACCGCAUCCAGAGACAAAACCAUCAAGGGAUGGGAGUUUGUAAGAGGAGAGACCGGAGAAACGCUUGCUAAGCUAUCUAAGUUCUACGAAGGCCACGGCGGAUUCGUCAGUGGAAUCAGCUUGGCCAAUAACGGAAAGUAUCUCAUUUCAGUGGGCACUGAUAGCAUCAUGAGACUGUGGCCCAGCAACUCAAGCGAGAACAAGAAACACGUCUCGCACAACGAGAAGCCAUACUGCGUCCUCACGCACAGCACAGGAUCAGCUGACUCAGAGUCAUCAUCAGAGUACAUUUUCACAGGAGGAAAGCAGCCUGGACUCAACAUCUGGAACACAAACCUGGAGCUGAAGAAACAGCUGAAGAGAAGCGACAACCCUGCAGCCUCCAUCACAGCGAUCAAGGCUGUUCCCAAGAAGCCAGAGGUAGUCAUAUGCGGAUACACUGAUGGCGCCAUCGUAGCAUGGAACAUAGAAACCGGAGAAGUAGAGAGCACAAUGAAGGGACAUGCAUCCAUCAUCGAUGCUUUGGUGAUCAGCCCUGAUGGCUCCCUCUGCGCCACUGCAGGAAGAGACAAGUCUGUGCUCCUGUGGGAUCUCAAGGAGAAGGGAUCCAACAAGUGCGAAAUAUCCGUUGGAGACUCUGUGCACUGCCUUGGGUUUGCUAUUUCUGCCUACUGGCUUGCUGCUGGAACCGACACAUCAAUCGUGAUAUGGGACAUUCUUGAGAGAGACGUUAUCCUGGAGAUACCAAACCCAGAAGACUGUAAAGGAUCCUGCACCUCCAUCACCUGGAUUGAUGGAUUCACGCUGAUUGCAGGAUAUUCUGACGGCACCAUUAGGCAGUACUCGGUUGAGAUUGAGUAA